CACUCCUUCGGCAGUAAGGUGGUGGUGGAUGUCUGUUAGCUAGCCGGCUAACGCAGUCCUGUGUCAUUCUAAGGCAUGGAGCCGCAGUGGGACGAGCCUCCCGUCAGCGCGUGGGCUCCGUUUUCCAAAGACGUGCUGGACAGGUUCUCGCUCGCGCCCACGGUGCAGGAGCUCUGGGCUGCCUCGCGGAGUCCCGAUGCAAAGGUUAAAGUGAAAGAAGAAAGUAAGACAAGACCAGGUGGUCCCUUUUCAGAACCAAAGUCCACCAAAACCAAGCAAACCACACCACAGACCAACACCAGGAACAACCAGAGUUCUGAUGGACCUACAUCUGACUGCAGUCAAACUCCUACUGACUGUGGGAAUAGCCCCUCUGUGAGCAAGGCACCGGAAGGCUUUCCUGACCCAGAAGUACCCUAUCCCCGCUACUCUUCUCUCAACAUCCAAGAAAGAACGACUUACAUACAGUUGCUGAAAACCAGAAACUACCACACAGCGCCGCAGCCUCUAAUGGAAAAAGUGAACAAGGAGGUAGCAGAGUUUAUGAACUACUUGCAGGAUGUCUCCAAAGUAUGUGCUGAUGCUUACAAGCGCUUACCCUCUGGAGCCUCCCGCUACUCUGAGGAAUAUUUUAAAGCCUGUUUGGACCAUAUGAAGACCCAUCCACAGGUUUACACUAUCCAAGAAAUCACUAGUUUGACCGGAGGGAAGUUUGUUUCAGACAUUUCUCUCAACUUUGAAAAACAGCUGCUUGCAAUGGGCAACAUAGAGAUGGUGGAAAAAAGAAUGCUGGCGGAAGACACACAGCUGACUGUGGAUUGUGACUCCCUUUCAGAUGUCAUUUCCCCGUGUGAAAAGGCCCGGCGUUUGCACACCGCUAUCAGCAGUGAUACAAACGCAGAGAAGCUCAGUGCUACCUAUGAGCCACACGUCUGCCUGGCCAAGGAGGCUUUCCUUCAGCUCGUGAACAACGACGCGGGCUGCGCCGAGGCAUGGGAGCUGCCAGUCUGGGUUAAAGUGAACGGCGGGAGAGGUAGACGCGAGAGUAAGACGGCGUACAUCGACCCUCCUCUGCUGAAGACGGAAGUGACCUGGAGGGAGAGAAAUCUGCUCUUUCACGAGGAGAGCGUGAAACUGGCGUACAAGAAGACGGGCUCGAAUCCCGUGUUUUUCCUUACAUCGGAGGACUACGCCAAUAAAGUGGACUUUGACCAAAAGGAAAAUGGUUCUAGGACAGUCGUUUCAUUUGACAGUACCGGCUUAGACUUCGAGGUGGACGUAACCGACUUGGAGUCAUUUGGAGAGUCUUGUCAGCCUUGUAAGAGAGCAAAGGACCAGAGUGAGCCUAAAGCACCUUCUACAAACGGAAAGCUGGGAUUAUCUACACAUAAUGCGGACUUGGCUGACCAGAAUGAGCCUCAGACACCUUCUACAAUUGGAAAGCUGGGAUUAUCUACACCUAAAGCAGACUUGGAAGAGCAGCCAAGCUCCCAACCCGGGACUGAAGGAUCGUGGGACUUUUCUUCAGCAGCCUCCACACCAGCGGAAGAGGAAGUUCAAACAGAAGCAGCCCAGGCUGCUGCUGAGGAGGGCUUCACGGAGAAGUGCGCCGAUACCCCUCUGAAUGUUGGGUCCACCAGGUCUCCUCCAAGCACUGUCGAGGAUCACUCCACACUGGACCGGCCACCGGCCAAGCGGGUAAGGCACUGCUCCGUCACCUCUUCGCUUCAGAGCGCAGAUUCGGACGAGGAACACCUCGUUAUCGAUUACCCAGAAUCCCUGCUGGAGGGCCCUGCAAAGAAGAGCCAGGCGAUACUGGCGGCUCCGGAGAGCCCUGCCGACAGCAUGGCACUGUCCCUCGGUGAGAAGGCUUCAGAACUGACCGGGCCAACGACUCCCACGAGCCCUGCCAGAGGUGGCAAGAGGGGAACUAAGAGGCCCAGAGUCUCUGGGCACUGCGACCAGCUCGGGCAGAUCCUGCGCAUGCAGGACGCCAUGCUGAAGGCCGCUCCAAGUAAGGGCCUGGAGCUGCCGAAAACGCAGAACCCGGCCGAGUGCCGCGGGCCCGCGGGCCGAGGCAGCAACCACCCUACGUCCCUGGUCAAGCCCUGCGUCUCCUCCUACCUGGAGUCCGGAGAAGGCCUGCAGGAGGAGACCUGUGCUCCUGCCCCCCCCAAGCCCACUGCGCAGAGGACAAGGCUACUGCGGGCGGAGCUGCAGGUGAGUGGCGAGGACGAGAGCGACUACGAGCCCCCGGCCGAGGCCAGCCUGCUCUACAAGCUUUACAGCCUGCAGGACGUACUGCUGAUGGUCCGCAGCAGCGUGCACAUCGCGCACCCCAGGCACGACCUGCACGUGUUCAGGGCGGUGCCCGUCCACGUGCUGCCCAAGCUGGAGUACCAGCUGUGUUACGGAGGUGAGAGCCUGACUCACAGCGAGGCAUGCCAACUGUGGGCCGAGCAACAACUCCACUCCAGCACGGUCUCAUUCAUAGGACGGAUCAAUGCACGCACAUCAAAGGUAGUGCAGCUGCAAGAGCUCCCGGCUGACUGGAUCCAGAACACGUCCUGUGAUUUCAGGCCAGCCAGGUGCUUGAACACACUCUACCACAUACUGAAGAAGGUCAUGAGUGUAACCUCCACCCCCCGCUCCAGCUUACAGGAGGGUAGGUACCUGCUGGGCCACAAACCGGGCGAGGCCUUCGUGACUGUCUUCAAAGCCACUGACGGCAAGAAGCCCAGUCGCAGCGCCUACGACCUGCGGGCGGCGCACGCCGGCCUGCCCGUGCUCCCCGCAGACGGCAGGCUGUCCUGGCUGCCCCUGGACCCUCUCCACCUCAUGCCCUUCCACAUAAAACACAGGAGAGCACCCUGCACGUUCCCCCCACGCCAACCCAAGGCAGGAGCUGGUAAAGGAGCCAAGCAGAGUAAGACCACAGCAGGCCCCAAACAAGGGACCCAGAGCAACACGGGAGCCCCUGGGCAAGGUCAGAAGAAGAAGAAAAAGAAGAAGAAGAAGAGAAAGACACAGAUGUGGAAACGUGCCUCCCAGAAAGGGACAUGGACUGAGAACAUGAAGACCAAAGUGAGGAAGGAUGUGCACAGCAACCAGAAGAGCAAUGAAAACUAGAAUCCACUGAAGGUGGUCGGACUUGGAGUAGGUGCAGCAGGAGCAGAGUAGGACUAAUCUGGGAAAUGCUGGAGUAAGAGCAGCUGUUUCACUGAAAGUAGAGGAAAAAGUCAUUUGUUGAAAAUAUAAAUAAAGUGAAACUUGCCUGGGUAUUUGAUGGCGCUACAUUUUUUCCAAAUGUUCAGAUUGUUUGGUAUUGUGCUCAAGUCAACAUGCUUAAAUUAUAAUGGGAAUAUUUUUAAUACUUUGGUUCCUGAGAGUAUGACUUAAAUUACUUAAAAUAUUUACCUUUGACCUAUUUAUUCACUGUCUUUUGACAGAUUAUAGUUUAUCAUUGUUCUUUUCUUAGAGUUUAUAAAAGUUUGGUUUGUAUUUUUUAAUUUGUAAAAUAACAUUUUUAAUUUAAC